AUGAGUUCAUCCCUCGAAGCGAAGAUUGUUGUACUGGGCGCGCAGGGGGUGGGCAAAACCGCGCUGGUCGAGCGCUUUCUCCGCAAUACCUUCAACCCCGCAACAGCCUCCACCAUCGGCGCGUCCUUCGUCACUAAGCGCGUUCUCGAUUCCACCUCGGAUACCAUCGUCCGACUACAAAUAUGGGACACGGCAGGCCAAGAGCGCUUCCGCAGUAUCUCCAGAUUGUAUUAUCGCUCCGCCAGCGCCUGUCUUCUAUGCUAUGAUAUCACCGAUGAGUCCAGCUUCCAAGAAAUGGCCGGCUGGCUUCGCGAACUACGCAAGAAUACCUCCAACGAGGACGGUACGGAUUCCCUCGUCAUUCAUGUCGUAGGCACCAAGUCCGAUCUCGUCGCUGAGGAUCCCUCCCGUCGUCGCGUCCCCUUCGAACGCACUAUCGCCUACGUCGCAGACCAGCUGUACCCUACUCAAGCGUCGACACCGCCCUCCACCGCGACAGCCACGGGGGGACUUGGAUUCGGCUCCGGGGUCUUUGGCGGGGGUGGGGGGAGCGCCUCGAAUGCCAGCGCCAGCGCCGCGGCGCUUUCGUCGAAUGCGAUUCAAAGCCCUGAUUCGAAGCGCAGCUCUGCCUUCUGGGGCCAGGAGAUCGGAUGGGAUUGUUGUCAUGAGAUUAGUGCGCGGGAUGGAGAGGGCAUCGAUGAGGUUUUCCGGGUCAUCACGCGGAAGCUGGUGGAGCAGCGCAAUCGGCGUGAUAAUGAACUUGUUUUUGCGGCUGCUUCGCCGAGUGUUAAUGGGACGAUUGGUCCGUUUAGUCCUGGGUUUGUGGAGGGGACGGGGAGCUUUCGACUUGGACAUGGGGAUAAGAGGAGGAGUUGGUUGGGGCUGCCGACGCCGAGUAUUGGUAAUGCGGAGGAGGUGGAGGUUGCGCAUACGGGGAAGAAUAAGGGGCGUUGUUGUUGA